UUAAAAUUAUAUAUGUAGAUGUACGUAUAUAUUUUAUGCUAAAAAUUGUUCUAAAAUUUUUUGUAUUUAAAUAUAAAAUUAAUAUAUUGAAAAGGAAAAUAACAAAUAAAAAAUAUUUCGCGAAUACCUUUAGAAAUGUGUAAAUGCUUAAAUUUUAUAUAAUUAAAAAAUUAAAUACAAAAUUCCUGUUUUAAUAAUUUAAUUUUAUUAAUUAAAAUGUAAGCAUGCUGUUGUAAAGGAUAUUUUCUAUUAGCUUUAAAAUCACACAGAUCCAUAAUGACCGACGAUGAUCAUUUGUAUUUAAAUGGACUAACAACGGCUUGGAUCGAUGAUGGUUUCAUGAAUUUAACAAUUACAUCGAAUUUUUCAAAAUUAGAUAAUUAUUAUGAAAAUAAUGUUACAACACAUGUGAACAGUAUUAUUAGCAUAAGUAAUAGUGAUAAUAUAAUAAAUGUUAGUAGUUUAAGUAAUAUUAGUAAUAAUAUUAUUGAAUUUCCAUCACCAACAAUAAUCGAUUCAAAGGGUCUAGUCGUUAAUAUAUUUAUGACAAUUAUUUAUUCUACAAUAUUAUUAAGUGGUAUUAUUGGUAAUAUUAUAACAUGUAUUGUUAUAAAAAGGCAUCGAUCUAUGCAUACAGCAACAAAUUAUUAUUUAUUUAGUUUAGCAAUAUCAGAUUUUUUAUUAUUAAUUAGUGGUGCACCACAUGAUUUAUAUUAUGUAUGGUUUAAAGAUCCAUAUGAAUUUGGUGAAGUAUUUUGUGUGACAAGAGGUCUAUUAGCUGAAACAGCAGCAAAUGCAACAGUAUUAACAAUAACUGCAUUUACAGUUGAAAGAUAUGUUGCAAUAUGUCAUCCAUUUUUAUCACAUUCAUUAAGUAAAUUAAAUCGUGUUACAAAAGUUAUUUUAUUAAUAUGGUUAACAUCAUUAUUAACGGCAGCACCAUUAGCAUUACAAUUUGGUGUUAUUAUUGUAUAUGGUGUUGAAAUGUGUGUUAUUAAACGAAUAUGGAUUGAACAUGCAUUUGCAAUUUCGACAAUAUUAUUCUUUUUUUUUCCAAUGUCAAUUAUUUUUGUACUUUAUUUAUUAAUUGGAUUAAAAUUACAUCAAACAAAUUUAAAAAGAACUAGAAAUGGGCAUAUAUUAUGUCGAGUAAAUACAAAUAUGACCAUUAAAAUACAAAAUCAACAGGGUAGAAAACGUGUUAUAAAAAUGCUGGUUGCUGUUGUUAUAGCAUUCUUUCUCUGUUGGGCUCCGUUUCAUGCUCAACGUUUGUUUACUAUGUACGUAGAGGUUUCUGGUUUACAAACAAAUUUUUUUAUUCAUAUAUAUGAGAUAAUCACAUAUAUAUCAGGUGUGAUGUAUUAUUUAUCAACGUGCAUUAAUCCUUUCUUAUACAAUAUUAUGAGUCAUAAAUUUCGUGAAGCUUUUAGAACAGUUUUAUUUAGACAACGUUCGAAUAGUUCUUCGCAUCCUGGUAGACAACCCUCAACUCCUAAUAGAAAAACAACUUUAUAUAGUAAAAAUAGCAGUGAUUUUGAUUAUAAUGGUGAAAAUAAAAUGAUUUUACAGGCAGUGCUGAAAGAUGAGACAGUAACAAAUAAACUUUUAUUCGAAAGUUCAUCAGUUCAAUGACAUUCAACUUCAUAUAAAAGGAUUAAUUUUAGCAGCGUUUAGGUUUUUUGCUGUUUUGUUUAUGAAUUGUACGUAGAGAAUGAUAACCUCCUUAAUAAUCAUAUUUUUUGGUUUUGUUUUAAAUUCAUUUAACAUGAUUUCAAUACAGAAGAAGUAUGUUGAAACACGCUUAUAUGUGAUAUGAUAUCAACUUAGAAAAGGAUUUGUUUUCUAUUCCAGCAUACCCAUAUACAUAAGACAAAAUUAUAAGAAAAAUAAAAAAAAAAAUAAAUUACAAAAUAACAAAUAAAAAUUGUAAAACAAAAGAAA